AAAUAUAAUAUUUUCAGCACUCGCUUACAUAACAAAAACUUGAUCCACAAUCAGUGAAAAUGGAUGAACAACAACAACMRCAACUGCCAAAUGAAAAUCUAAUAAACGCCGGUUGGCCAGAGGUUUUUGAGGCAUUGAUGCAGACACAAGUGGUGGGCGUACCGUCCAAUGAUGAAGGGGGUCGACCGUACAUUAAUAUGAGAAGACUAAUUAAUCAACAGUUAUGCAUCUCAGGCGAUGUCUUUCAGAUUCAGCUCAUUUACACACAUAAUGCUUAUUCAUUURACUUACAAAACGGUUGGCGAUUUCGCGAUUGUASAGUAAAUUGCGGGUUAGGAAUCGUACGACGUCUGAUACAAACUAACUUUCCCGGUCGUACUGCCGGUUACAGAGCUAUGUUCACGUAUGGCAUCAAUGGUACCGGUGGUCCACAGGCCCAAAUCAUUUAUCUGRACCCGGAAAAUGCAUACCUCUAUGUCAUAGAYGAGGACACGGCCAGAGAGUUGCGAAACCAGUUUGUCUUUCAGCAGCACAUACUGAGGUUAGUUAGGAAUGCUUACACACUGUUAUCAUUUGCCGGCUUUUUGUUUGAAUGGAUAGAUAUUGGGGUCGACGACCAACGUGUCAACAAUUUCAGAGAAGAAAUCUAUAUAUUCAGYGGUUMUUAUUUGAAACAAAUGACAUUAGCCGUCAUAUCGGAACAGAUAUACAAGACUGCUAUUGUCCGAACAGUUACAAUGCAGUUGUUGAGACCAAAUCUACCGCCGCAACCACCGGUGCGAAAYCCAAUACCUCCAGCYAUUGAAGUUCCGCCAUUAAAUUGGUUGCCUAAUGAAACAAUUGCYCAAUUUAUGGCCAGUUAUCGUGAAUUCACUUACGRACUUCUGCAUAACCMACUGUUUAUCAAAGGUUGGCAACAAAGGUUCAAUGAKUUUGCCGGUCCGCAGACGUCUAUCAACAUUGAUAACGUAGGCCAYCAAAUCGUUACACUAUGGAAUGGCCAUCAGUUCAACGUUAGAGUAAAUCCAACGGARACGGGUGACGUUUUCACGGGUUAUUCGUUAUUUUCAAAUGUAUUUACCGACACAGCCAAUCAUGAAUGCCGGUGUAUGCGACCGCAAAAUGGACUACCGUGGCUGGUAUACAGAAAGUUAAACAGACAGCAUUGGGUACCACUUCAYAGUCACGGUUUGACCGGCGAUCUCAAUGCCGACAAUGAAUWUGCCGGAAACAACGGGUGUCAAGCAAUGACAUUGCAGUUCACAGACAUCGAGGCUCUCAAUCAACAGCGUAUAUAUUUUGUGAACCGCGCGAUGGCCAGAGAGUUAUUGGGCAUCUUUGAGAGACAACAGUUGAUCAGUCAAUAUCAUCUAUGGUUUGCACAACUCAUGGGAUUUUCAAAGAUAUUCUGUGACCUACGGCUGAGAUUGAGAAACGAAGACAAUCUGAUUAACAUUGAAUGGCUUCGCGCCGGCAAUCGAUUAUUAGUAUACUCGUACCCAACGUCGAUGCAACCGAACAGCAAAAUCGGGAACAUAUAGUCACAUAUGUUAGAGCACAGGAAGGUAUGUAUGGCGUGGGAACGUCAGCCAAAUUGA